AUGCUCCUUCUAGUCUGCCCAAGGAGCGGGAUCCUGAUGUUGGAGGCUCCGCAGGGUUCCCGGACCCGGCAGAGUGCGCUGUGAUUGGAGGAAGAGCCGGCGCCGGCCGGGCCCAGCAGGUGUGGAUCCGGUGCCUCUUUUGCCCGGCUCGCUCAGCUGCGCGCACUGGAUCCUCCAGCGCCCGCGGGCGCCCCGCCGCCAAGCGCGCAUCCUUUUGGAAGUGAACGCCAGGGUGGCAGGCGCUUGACGCCCCCGACAGGGCAGCGAGGCUCCAGGUUCCUAUUACACCAUUCUUUGGCAAAGGCUACUCGGCACUGGUGACCUCUUCCAAUCCAACAGUCUACAAAUUAUUAUCUCUGGACUCCCAGCUGACACCCUGCCGGAGGCAAGAGCUACGAAGCCAACUGGAACUGUGCCUUUUCUGUUGUCAAGAUUUUUUUCUUACACAGGAAAAAGGAAGAGAAAAAAAAGAUGAAGCUGGGCAAAGGGCAGCUGUGUCAUUUUCUUCAGCUAAUAGCUCUCUUCCUGUGCUUCUCCGGGAUGAGUCAAGCCGAGCUGCCAAGGUCCAGAUCCAAGCCCUAUUUCCAGUCAGGAAGGUCCCGGACCAAGCGCAGCUGGGUGUGGAAUCAGUUCUUUGUGCUGGAAGAAUACAUGGGUUCAGACCCCCUCUAUGUAGGAAAGCUUCACUCUGAUGUUGAUAAAGGAGAUGGUUCCAUCAAAUACAUCUUGUCAGGCGAAGGGGCAAGUUCCAUUUUCAUUAUUGAUGAGAACACUGGGGAUAUUCAUGCUACCAAGAGACUGGACCGCGAGGAGCAGGCCUACUACACACUCAGAGCCCAAGCGCUCGACAGGCUCACCAACAAGCCCGUGGAGCCUGAAUCUGAGUUUGUUAUCAAAAUUCAGGAUAUCAACGACAAUGAACCAAAAUUUCUGGAUGGCCCAUACACAGCAGGAGUUCCUGAAAUGUCUCCUGUGGGGACUUCAGUAGUACAAGUGACAGCAACAGAUGCUGAUGAUCCCACGUAUGGUAACAGUGCUCGUGUGGUCUACAGUAUUCUGCAAGGGCAGCCAUACUUCUCAGUGGAACCAAAGACAGGAGUCAUCAAGACUGCCCUUCCAAACAUGGAUAGAGAGGCUAAAGACCAGUAUUUGCUUGUCAUUCAGGCAAAGGAUAUGGUUGGUCAAAAUGGCGGACUGUCAGGAACCACAUCGGUCACCGUGACCCUAACUGAUGUCAAUGAUAACCCACCUCGCUUUCCUCGAAGAUCUUAUCAAUAUAAUGUCCCAGAAUCCUUGCCUGUGGCUUCAGUUGUGGCCAGAAUUAAAGCUGCUGAUGCAGAUAUAGGUGUUAAUGCAGAAAUGGAAUACAAAAUAGUGGAUGGUGAUGGACUGGGGAUUUUCAAGAUAUCUGUUGACAAAGACACACAGGAAGGAAUCAUUACUAUACAAAAGGAACUGGAUUUUGAAGCCAAAACAAGUUAUACACUACGCAUAGAAGCUGCAAAUAAAGAUGCCGAUCCCCGCUUUCUAAGCUUGGGGCCGUUCAGUGACACAACAACUGUGAAGAUAAUUGUCGAAGAUGUGGAUGAGCCUCCUGUAUUUUCUUCACCCUUGUACCCCAUGGAGGUUUCAGAAGCUACACAAGUGGGUAAUAUCAUUGGCACUGUAGCUGCUCAUGACCCAGAUUCUUCCAACAGUCCUGUAAGAUAUUCAAUUGACAGAAACACAGACUUAGAGAGAUAUUUCAAUAUCGAUGCAAACAGUGGGGUUAUUACCACGGCCAAGUCUUUGGAUCGAGAGACAAAUGCUGUUCAUAACAUCACAGUGCUUGCAAUGGAAAGCCAGAACCCAUCCCAGGUUGGACGAGGCUAUGUGGCCAUUAGUAUACUUGACAUAAAUGACAACGCCCCUGAAUUUGCAAUGGAUUAUGAGACCACCGUCUGUGAAAAUGCUCAGCCAGGGCAGGUUAUCCAGAAAAUCAGUGCUGUAGAUAAGGAUGAGCCUUCCAACGGACACCAGUUCUACUUCAGCUUAGCAACGGAUGCAACAAAUAACCACAACUUUUCAUUAAAAGAUAACAAAGACAAUACAGCCUCAAUUAUCACCAGGAGAAAUGGCUUCCGGAGACAAGAGCAGUCGGUUUACUAUCUGCCAAUUUUCAUUGUGGACAGUGGAUCUCCCUCUCUGAGCAGCACCAACACCCUCACCAUCCGUGUCUGUGACUGUGAUGCAGAUGGCAUAGCCCAGACUUGCAAUGCGGAGGCCUAUGUUCUACCUGCUGGCCUCAGUACUGGAGCCCUGAUAGCAAUACUUGCUUGUGUCUUGACAUUAUUGGUGUUGAUCCUCCUUAUUGUCACUAUGAGAAGACGGAAAAAAGAGCCUCUCAUUUUUGAUGAAGAAAGAGAUAUUAGAGAAAAUAUCGUCAGAUAUGAUGAUGAGGGCGGGGGAGAAGAAGACACAGAAGCAUUUGACAUGGCCGCCCUGAGAAACCUGAAUGUCAUACGAGACACCAAAACCCGGAGGGAUGUGACUCCAGAAAUUCAGUUCUUGAGUCGACCGACUUUUAAAAGCAUCCCAGAUAAUGUUAUUUUUAGGGAAUUUAUUUGGGAAAGACUGAAGGAAGCUGAUGUGGAUCCGGGUGCUCCGCCAUAUGACUCUUUGCAGACUUACGCAUUUGAAGGAAACGGUUCAGUUGCUGAAUCACUCAGUUCUUUAGAUUCUAUCAGCUCAAACUCUGAUCAGAAUUAUGACUACCUAAGUGACUGGGGUCCCCGCUUUAAACGGCUGGCAGACAUGUAUGGAAAUGGCCAAGAGAGUUUGUAUUCAUAGCCUUGGACCCUAAUUUGAAACGUACUGAAGAAAAAGUAACAGCAAAAAAGAAAAAGAAAAAGAAAGUAAAGGGAACAAUACUACAUACAGAACACAAGAAUUCCAAUUGUUGGAGAAAAACGGUGUAAAUAUUUCUCCAUUUUUAACUGUUUAAGUUUCUGAUUUGAUGAAACAUAGUUUCACUAGACUUAUCCAAGGGACUGCACUGACCACAGACUCUAAGCAUUUGAAGGUUUUUUUGAUAAAGAGAAAUGCUCAGUGGUUUAUGAAUAGAUAGCAACUUUCAUAUACCUGCAAAGGCACCUAAGCAGUGCCCUGUGUUGUCAGUUAGCUAAGGAUGCCUUGCACUUACCUUCACGGUGCUGUGAGAGUAGAACAUGGUGUGCCAUUGAAAAAUCCUGGAACGUCUUGCGUAUCAAAACUUGGGACAAAUUUGAUUUACACUGCUGCGUCUAGCUCACUACAUGAUAGAAUUCAACAGAACUUUAUUGCUCUUGGUGAGCAAAAUAUUUUACUUAGAAAUAUAUAAAUUCUCCAAAUAACUUCCCCAAGUGAAAACCCUCAAUAAAAAUCUUUAAAAUUUUAUUUUUAUUUAAGACAAUAUAAAUCACUGUUUAGCCAAUAAAUUAUAUGAACUAUUCCAAAUAAGAAAAAGGUAAAUAAUUCUAAAGUUUGCAAUAGUUUUGAGAUGCUUAUGUAGGUAUGAUUUUUUAAAAAAUAGUUGCUGUCUAUUCAUUGAUUUUUAAUAUCUUCUGAUUUGUACAGGAGAUUUUUUUUUUAUUUGACACACAGUGUUAUAUUUAUUUUGGAGCUUCAAUCUCCACUAAAUUCAGGUCCAUAUUACUGCCUCAUGGUAUUCAACUCCUCAGAGCAUGCUGGAUUUUACCCAGUUUGGACGACAGGAAGGAGACAAAGCUUGGAAAUGAAAAAGAAAAGGCCCAGCAUUGAGCCAUGUUGCUUUUGACAUCUCAAAGAGGAGCACGCUCCAAGGACACACAAAUUGUACUUUUGAUUCACUAGAAUGUACAGAACUGUGGGAAUAAAAUAUUUGUAUUUCA